CAUCUACGUGUUCAUGCUCUCUCUUCUUCGUCUUCUUCCUCCGACCUCUUUCUCUCUCUUCUGUGUCUCUCUUCUUUCUCUCUCUACGUCACAGCCUUCUUCCCCAAGAAACUCCUUCCGUCGCUCAGUCAACCCACCUCCCUCCCCCUGCCAGUCCCCCUUUAUAGACCCGCUUUCCCUCCGCCGCCGCAUAGCUUCUCGCCCAAUCAAAGAACCCCCGCGAGAACCGCCGCUUUCUUGACCCCCCGCCGCCGCCGCCAUCGCCGGCUCCCGGAGAAUCUCUAGAUGGUGCUCCCGCUGCUGAAGCUCGGGACCCUCGUCGUCAAGACGAUGAGCAAGCCCCUUGCGAGCCGGCUCAAGCAGCAGGCCGCUCUCCACCCGCGCUUCCGCGGGCUCAUCGUCGGCUUCGCUCAGGCUAACCAUCGAAUGACGACAAACAUACAAAGAAGGAUCUAUGGUCAUGCAACUGACGUGGAGAUCCGGCCUCUAAAUGAACAGAAAGCUGUACAGGCUGCAGUGGACCUGAUUGGAGAAGUCUUUGUCUUUUCGGUUGCUGGAGCUGUUGUGAUCUUUGAGGUGCAACGGAGUGCUAAAUCAGAAGCUAGAAAGGAGGAAAAACGCAGGGAAGAACUGGAGGCAAUGAGGCAAAGGGAUGAAGCUUUAGAGAAGGAGGUGGAACUUCUUAAGCAAAAACUUGAAGAGCUUGAGCAACUUGCCAAGGGACGAGGCCUUUCCGGCCUUUUCAACUUCAAACAGGCUGUUAGUGAAGAUGCAAAAAUAGCGAAACCAGUUUGAGGCUUUGACCAGCAGAGUAGGAGCCUUUACUAUAAUAAAAACAGGAUUCAUCCAUACCAUCCUCUCAACUGUGAAAAGCAAUUCUUCCAGUCUCUUUUUGUCAAUUCUUUGAUUUGUAUCUUGCUUGGUUUGUUUCUUCAGAAAUAGAAGGCCACAUGGUCAGACAUUUUUGGAAGAUGAGAGGAAGGUGCUUACUCCUCGAGAUUGUAACAAUUGUUCCUUGCAAUAACAUUAGAAUUAAGAGUGCCAUUCCUGCAGAUAA